AUGGCGGUCUCGCAGGAUCGCUCGCAAACCGCCAAAAUCGCAUCCUCCAAAAACCGCAAACGCUCCCGUGGUGGGAUGUCUUUCGACAAAUUCACCGGCGAAAGACGAAACCGCUGUCGUAAUCUUCCACAAAGUCCGUCAAGCCCCUUCUCCAUCUCCAAAUUCGCCUCGACGACGCUUGUCAACGCCUUUACCACGGAUUCCACGGCCUCUUUUGUAAAAGGCUGCUCGGUUUGCAGAUGA